AUGCUAGACCGUAAAAACCUAGUCAACGCAGGCGUGCUGCUCGCUAUUGUCGGAGUCUCGACUUGCGCGGCAGCGACCUGCUCGUCUCUAGAAAGCAACAUCGACUACCAAGGUCUCGAUAUUGGCAGCGCUCGCAGUGCAUCGGUGAACGGAUGCUGCUCGAUCUGCUCCAAGACUAAUGAGUGUGGCGCGUUUACUUGGACGAACUAUAACGGUGGUACCUGCUGGCUCAAGAAGUCCAAGGGCCCCACUAAAGUUAACAAUGGCGCCGUAUCGGGGGUUCUUCAAUCGUCGACUCCGGCAUCGACAGCGACUUGCUCGUCUCUGGAAACCAAUAUCGACUAUCAAGAGCUCCAAGGGUGGUUCUAA